UGUGUCCCGUGUCUCAUGUCUCAGUGGACAGGAGGACAGGAGGACAACAUGGCUGCUGCUGCUGCUGCUGCUCCGGGCCGCUACUACGGAGGAGACGAGAGGAGAGCCACCAAGAGACAGAAGACUGAGGACGGAGGAGGAGGAGGAGGAGGAGGAGGAGGAGGGAUGAACACGGAGAACUACGAUGACCCUCAUAAACCGCUCCCCUCCUCGGUGGUUCACAUCAGGGGCUUGGUGGACGGCAUCAUGGAGGCGGACCUGGUGGAGGCCCUGCAGGAGUUUGGAGCCAUCAGUUACGUGGUUAUGAUGCCCAAGAAGCGCCAGGCCCUGGUGGAGUACGAGGACAUGAACGGCUCCUGUAACGCCGUCACGUACGCAGCAGAGAACCAGGUUUACAUCGCAGGCCACCCCGCCUUCAUCAAUUACUCAACUAGCCAAAAGAUCUCCCGGCCAGGAGACUCCGAUGACACCCGGAGCGUCAACAAUGUGCUGCUGCUCACGGUCAUCAACCCCAUCUAUCCCAUCACCACGGACGUCCUCUACACCAUCUGUAACAACUGUGGUCCUGUCCAGAGGAUCGUCAUCUUCAGAAAGAACGGUGUUCAGGCCAUGGUGGAAUUUGACUCAGUCCAGAGCGCUCAGAGAGCCAAAGCCUCUCUGAACGGGGCCGACAUCUACUCUGGCUGCUGCACACUAAAGAUCGAGUAUGCCAAGCCAGCGCGCCUUAACGUCUUCAAGAACGACCAGGACACGUGGGACUAUACCAACCCCAACCUCAGUGGCCAAGAUGCUGAUGGGGAAGGCAAUUGGAACAAUUCACAAGAUCCCAACGCCAACCCCAACAAACGCCAGAGGCAGCCGGCCCUGCUGGGAGACCACCCACCUGAUUACGGCGGCCCUCAGGGAGGUUACCACGGUUACAGUGAGGACAGCUACGGGCCUCCUCCUCCCCACCGCAUGGGGCCGGGGAUGGGAGGUGGUCGUGGGCGGGGCAGCCAGCGCUACGGCCCCAGUUAUGGACCGCCGCCCCCCGAGUACGGUCCUCACGCCGACUCCCCCGUUCUGAUGGUUUACGGCCUCGAGCCCGCCAAGGUCAACGCCGACAAGGUCUUCAACAUCUUCUGUCUCUACGGCAACGUGGAGAGGAUUAAGUUCAUGAAGAGUAAACCGGGCGCGGCCAUGGUGGAGAUGGGAGACUGUUACUCUGUGGACCGGGCCAUCACUCACCUCAACAACAACUUCCUGUUCGGACAGAAACUCAACGUUUGCGUGUCCAAGCAGCAAGCCAUCGUGCCGGGACAGUGCUACCAGCUAGAGGACAACACCAGCAGCUUCAAAGACUUCCACGGAUCUCGUAACAACCGCUUCACCUCCCCGGAGCAGGCGGCCAAGAACCGAAUCCAGCACCCCAGCAACGUCCUCCACUUCUUCAACGCACAGCCCGACAUCUCCGUAGAGAUCUUCAACCAGGCCUGCGAGGAGCUGGAGAUAAAGCUCCCCACCAGUGUGAAACUCUUCACCGGAAAGAGUGAGCGGAGUUCCUCCGGCCUUCUGGAGUGGGAGUCCAUCAAUGAUGCCAUGGAGGCCCUCGCUCUCAUUAACCAUUUCCAGAUGAAAAACCCCAGUGGGCCUUACCCGUACACACUGAAGCUGUGUUUCUCCACCACGCACCAUGCCAACUAGACACCCACAGAACAGCUGCAAUGUUGUGUGUCUCUGCGUACAGAGUACUGCAGUACUCUGUAGACAGUACUGCAGUACUCUGUGCAGAACACUGCAGUACUGUCUAAAGAGUACUGCAGUACUCUGUAGACAGUACUGCAGUACUCUGUGCAGAACACUGCAGUACUCUGUAUUCAGUAUUGUGUGGUCCCAUAAAACCUGCGAUCAGUAUUGACAGGAAGUAGGACUGCUGCUUUAGAACAUGUUACUUAAACUAUGAUUUUUGUAUGAAGUA